CCUGAUUGAAGUACAUGAUUACCAUUAAUGGGUAAAUUAAUUCAUUAGAUGUCCAUUUAUGUAAAAAAGCUAUCUUCCUGUAUUUUUAGAUUUAAAAAAAUGUCUGAAAGGUUCAUUUCCCCCUUCCAUGGCGGUAUCGCAGUCAACUACUCAGGAAAUGUAGUAAACGUAAAGAAUCCAAAUCUAGAAUUUUACAAUGAUACCUGUUCAAUAAAAUACGGACUCAGAGAGGAACUGGACCGUCAUUUUAGAGGUUCAAGGCCUCAAAUGGACGUAUCUGUUGAGGAAAAGCUGAAAAUAUGCCUUAGUUUAUCCGAAGAGUGUAUUAAACCAGAAGAACUUUUGAACUUGUUGCAGAAAAAAGACUAUACUCCACUUGCCUAUGAUGGUUUUGAGCCUUCUGGAAGAAUGCAUAUAGCUCAGGGCCUUUGUAAAGUUGACACAGUAAACAUAAUGAGUAAAAUUGGCAUUAAGAGUGUUAUUUGGAUUGCAGACUGGCACGCAAUGCUGAAUAAUAAGUUCGGUGGUGAUUUGAAAAAGAUCAGAGUUGUUGGUGAAUACUUUAUCCAUAUCUGGAAAGCUGCUGGAAUGAACACUGACUCUGUAAAAUUCCUUUGGGCUAGUGAUGAGGUGGAUAAGAACCCAGACCUUUACUGGCGCCUUUCAAUGGACAUUAGCAGAAGCUUUAAUAUUACUAGAAUGAAGAGGUGUAGUCAGGCUCUGGGUAGAACUGAAGGUGAUGAUCAGCCAUCAGCACAACUACUUUACCCAGCAAUUCAGUGUGCGGAUAUAUUUUUUAUCGGGGCUGAUAUUUGUCAACUCGGUAUGGACCAGAGGAAGAUUAAUGUUCUUGCAAGGGAAUACUCUGAACUUAAAAAGAUCCCUAGGAGCCCAGUGGUACUAUCCCACAGGAUGCUGCCAGGGCUUGUGGAGGGUCAGGAAAAAAUGUCCAAAAGUAAUCCAAACUCAGCGAUUUUCAUGGAUGAUUCUCCAGAAGAGGUUUCUUCUAAGAUUAAAAAAGCCUAUUGCCCACCUGGAGUCGUUGAUGGGAACCCUGUGAUUGCAUACUUUUGCUUUAUAGUUUUCAAGCGAUUUAACUCAGUCACAAUUGAGAGGAAGGAAAAGGAUGGAGGUGACGUAACAUUUAACUCCCCAGAAGAGCUAAAGGAGUCCUUUCUACAAGGUUUAUUACACCCAGCAGACCUUAAAAACUCACUUGUAAAGUACCUUAACCUAAUGAUGCAACCCAUACGAGACUACUUUGAGCAUAACCAAGAAGCUAAAGUACUCGAAAUGAAAGUAAAGCAGUUUCAAGCUGAAAAUAAAAAAUAAUGCAGUCAACUAAUGAUAAUAUACACUGUAGUAAUUUGUUAUAAUAUACACA